AUGACAAACACAAACAGGAAUCAGAUGACCGAGAGGUUCCUGGAUCUGACCCUGGAGGUCAACUACCUGCUGACUGGAGAGGAUUACAUUGUUGUGAAGAGAUCUGACGAUCCUACAAUACAGAGAAGCAGUCCCUGUGUGUUAAGAGGAUCCUGCCAGACCCAGAGCUCCAGCACGGUGUGUUCACCUCACUCACUGAUACAUGAGGGAAACGAUGAGCAGAACAUCCUGGAACUGACCAAUCAGAUCAUCCACCUGCUGACUGGAGAGGUUUGGAAGCAUUUAAAAGGGAAAAAGGAAACUUACAAGGAAGUGAUGAUGGAGAGUCACCACCCCAUCAUCUCCUUGGAUGGUUCCAUAAACAGAAAUGAAAUCAGUGGAUUGUACACUUCAGUUUCUUCUUCGGAUUAUAUAACUAAAGAUCACAAAAUCCCAAGUAAUCGAAAAAAUAACUGCGUUACAGUCGGUACACCAAGCAGUAAAUCUUUGAGUCAUGAUACUACAGAAUCCGAGGAAGUAAAUCUCAGAUACAUUAAUACGCCCAUAGAACAUAUACAGACUGAAGAUCCAUCUACUCAUAUUAAGGAGGAACCAGACCCGUAUGAGGAAGGAAAUCUCCCAGACACAGACAUUUAUACACCCACAGAAUAUGCACAUAUAGAAUAUCCAUCGACUUAUAUCAAGGAGGAAUCGGACUCAUUUGAAGAAACAAAUGUUGCUGAAGCUGCCAUUUAUACAAUCAAUAGAGAUAUACAAAUGGACUAUACAUCAAAGUGUGAAACAGCAUCAAAUGAAAAUCAAAUUCUCAUAACCAAUAAUAUUUAUACAGGCACAGACCAUACAGAGGCAGAAUAUCUACCUAACCUUAUUAAGGAAGAAUCUUUGCCACGUGAAGCCAGCAUUCUCACCAGCACCGAGGUUUAUACACCCACAGGAGAUAAACAUAUAGACUAUACAUCAAAUAAUGAAUCCCUAUCCCACAAACAAGGAAAUCUCAGGGAAUCUGACACUUAUACACCCAGAGAAUAUACACAGACCGAGUAUCGAUCUACUCAUGUUAAGGAAGAAUCCGCUUCAUAUCAAGAUGGAAAUCUCACCACCUUAGACCUUCUUACCCCCACUCAUCACACUGAAACACAAAACAAAGGAAAUAGAAACUGCGUUGAUGGUGCUAUGGUUUCAUCUACCAAUUCAGAGCUUGUUAAACAGAAGAGUGUCAACAAAGGAAAUACUUCGACCAGUACAGAUAACAUUGGACAUGAGUGCUUUAAGCAGAAACCACAUGUUAUCACACGUAAGAGAGCGCCAAAAGAAGAGAAUACAAUUUCUUGUUCUGAAUGUGGGAAAUGUUUUGCUAAAAUGUCAUAUCUUAGGGUACAUAUGAGGUUUCACACAGGAGAAAACACAUUUACAUGUUCUGAAUGUGGGAAAUGUUUCACUGAUAUUUCAACUCUUAAGAGUCAUCAAAUGAGUCACACAGGAGACAAACCAUUUUCUUGUUUUGUGUGUGGGAAAUGUUUUGCUUACAAGUCAAAUCUUAAGACACAUCAGAGGAUUCACACAGGAGAGAAACCCUUUUCUUGUUCUGAAUGCCAAAAAUGUUUUGCUCUUAUGUCAACUCUUCAGAAACAUCAGAGGAUUCACACAGGAGAGAAACCAUUUUCUUGUUCUGAAUGUGAGAAAUGUUUUACUCAAAUUUCAUCUCUUAAGUCACAUCAGAGGAUUCACACAGGAGAGAAACCAUUUUCCUGUUUUGAAUGUGGAAAACGCUUUCCUCAAAUGUCAAAUCUGAAGACACAUAUGAAGAUUCAUUCAUCUAAGAAAACGUUUUCUUAUGCUUAAUGUGGGAAAUGUUUCAGACGGAGUUUAGAUCUUCACUCACAUAAGGUGAUUCAUACAAUAAUUCAUUCUCUUGUUUAAAACAUAGAAAAUUAUUUUUUGUAAACUUGAGACUUCAUAUAUGUCAGAUGAUUUAUACAG